AUGAACGAACGAAUAAAAUUUUUUAUUCGUUCAUGGAAUGAUAGGGGGAGUAAGAUAACUUGCUAAUCAGAUUUUAUAAUUCUUUUAAAUAAUACUAUAUAAGGAAAAACCUUUAGAAAUAAUUAAUAGUCAUUGCUGCAGCUUGAAAGUCAAACCAAGCAAUAAUUAUCUGCCUACUUAUUUAUCUUAAUCUUAAAACUUACCGCGGUCGAACCGCAUUUCUCUCGCUUUUCACUUCAAAAACUCCAGAAAACCGCUCCAAACAACAAUUCUUCAGCAGCAGCAGCAUCAUCCUCCAGCAGUACCAGCACACAGAGCACAAAAAACAAAAACAAUAAACAAAAACAACAAACAAAAAAUAACAACAAACAAAAAAAUACAGUAAAAACAACAACACAAAAAAAUUCACCUCACAGUCAGCAGCAAGAUCACCAACAACAGCCCACAGUCCUUGAAGUUGAGCCCGGAAUUUUCUGACGAAAUACCGAUUAG